UUUAAUGUGCACUGAGUGCGCACCAGUUCUGCCAAUGAAAAACGCUAUGAGACUGAUGGGGUCAACCGUCUUUAUCGACGAGCGAUAUUGCGAUUCUCGAAGUAUCGCAAGAGCGGAGCGUCGAUUGGCUCCCGCAGUAAUAUUAGCUCCAAUUACACUUCGCGCUCGCGCAUUCGAUUUCGGAGCAAGAGAGAGAAAAAGAAAGAGAGAGAGGGAGAGAAAGAGAGAGAGAAGACAGAAACAAGUGCAGAAAGUGCAGUUCGAACGAGCAGAGAUUUAAUAUAUAAAAAUUAAGUUUAAAAUAUCGCAAUAUGUAUCAAUAUCAAAGACGAUACAACAAAUGCAUUGUUAUAGGAAAUAUAAUAGACAGCAGCUAAUUACUCGGCAGCUGAUUAUUAAAGCGAGAUAUUUUAGGUUUUAUUCAUGCCGACGCGCGGAUCUAUCAUCCCUCGAAAUCCCUUCCUCUCGCCUACUGGGGAGCGAACGGCCGGGGGAACGGUCAACGGUGAGGAGCCGCGGCAGCAGGAUGUCGCUGUAGCGCGCGUCGUCGUGCGUGCAUGUCUCUCUCUCGGCGUCUUGACGCAUCUCGUUCUCGGCGAGAACCCGGCGCGCUCGGAGGAGAGAAUCGCGAUCGCGGCUCGGGGAUAACCAGGGUGAGGACCGCGCCCGCCGCCGCUCGCGUUGACGCGAGGCGACGCGAUUAAAUGAGACGGGGCAGUACCUGGACAAGUACUACGUCUGGUGCGCGAACAUGUCUACGGAGACCGCCCUGAACGACGUGCCGAAUAUUGCGUCGCGGAUGCAGGGCCUGCGACUGAUGGCGGCGCAUCCCGAGGACGAGCGCGACGUCGCGACGACCGAGAACGCGACGCUGGCUGCCGGCGGCUCGGCGGCCUCGACGGCAGCGGCUAGCAGCGAUGGCGUCGUGGCCGACGGCAGCGGCAGCAGCGGGCCGUCGUCGUUGAGGGAGCCGCUGCGAAACAUCACCCUCUCCCGGGCGCUCAACUUCGUCGGCGACGAGGACCAGCCGCCGAGCUCGUCGUCCGCCGCGCGGAGCGAGGCCUCGUUCGCGAACAGCGAUAAUCGUAUUCUUGGCACUUUCAGCCGGCCACCUAUUAACGCGGCAAACACAUCGUAUUUGGAUGGACGAGCGCAGAAUAACGCUACUUUGGAGAACUCCACCACGCAGAAUCAACCUGCAGUUAUGUACAACUGGCAAGGUACAAAGGCAACGAUGCGCGAAAGGAUUGUAUUCCUCUUUAACAAUGAAAUACUGUCAGAUGUGACUUUCCUGGUGGGAAGAGGCGCGCAACAACAACGUAUACCAGCUCACAAACUAGUCCUGUCCUCUGGAAGUGCUGUAUUCGACGCAAUGUUUAACGGAACGCUUGCGACAGCUUCUUCGGAAAUAGAAGUACCUGAUGUAGAGCCUGCUGCAUUUUUGGCAGUGCUCCUUUUUCUAUACACUGAUGAAAUACAGAUAGAUCCUGAAACUGUGAUGACGACGUUAUAUACUGCUAAGAAAUACGCGGUGGCCGCUUUAGAGAAGCAUUGCGUUGAUUUUUUGAAAAAUAAUUUGACGAGUGACAAUGCUUUUUUGCUGUUGACGCAAGCCCGUCUCUUUGACGAACCGCAAUUAGCCUCGGUAUGUUUGGACACCAUAGACAGAUUCACGACUGAGGCCUUCAAUGCAGAUGGGUUCACAGAUAUCGAUAUCGAUACAUUGAUGAUAGUCUUAAAAAGAGAUACUCUUCGUGUUAGGGAAUCUAAACUGUUUCAAGCUGUUCUAAGGUGGUCAGAAGCUGAAUGUGUAAGGCAGCAAUUAUCAGUUACUCCAGAAAAUCAACGUCUGGUUUUGGGCGAUGCUUUGUCUUUGGUUCGUUUUCCCCUUAUGUCGAAAGAGGAAUUUACAGCGGGUCCAGCACAAUCUGGAUUGUUAAAUUAUUCAGAGGUCUUAUCUUUAUUCUCGUAUUUCAUACUGAAUCCCAAACCUGCGGUGGGAUUUCUAACGAUGCCGCGGUGUUGUAUGACAGGCAAGGAACAGACUGUAUGCAGGUUUCAACAUACAAAGAGUAGAUGGGGAUAUUUCGGAACUAGUGAUCGCAUUCGAUUUAGUGUGGAUAGACGUAUCUUUCUACUUGGUUAUGGAGUUUACGGUAGCACGCAAGAACCAGCGAUAUAUGAAGUAACAGUCGAAUUAAUUCACACCGCAUCAGGAAAGGUGAUAGCUACAAAUGCAACAAGUUUCAGCUGUGAUGGAUCAAAGUACACAUACCGUCUAAUGUUCAAAGAAUUAGCGGAAAUCUUACCAAAUACGAUUUAUACGGCAUCAGCAACUUUCAAGGGGCCAUACUCAUAUUAUGGCACAAAAGGAAUGAAAAGCGUGUUGGUGGAUUGUGAUUCAGGAAAUGGGAAAGUUAAAUUCAAAUUUAACAGUGAGUUGGGAGAUAAUAAUGGCACAUCUACUGAUGAAGGUCAAAUACCCGAGCUUAUCUUUUACAUGUAAUAUCAUUCGCGUAUAAUGACAUUCCUGGUACUUGCUUGACUGAAUAUCAGAUAAAUUACCUAAAUCAUGUAUAAAAUAUGCCGGAUUUUGUCAAUUAUAAUAUCUUGUGAUCGUUUAAAGCAGUGAUUUGAUUUAAAGAAGUGAUCUAUGGGCAUGCCAAAGGAGUUAACCCAAGAUUUUUUCAUAAUUUUAUAGAUAAUGCAUCUUGAUCUUAUUAAAUAAGUUUGAUAAAUUCAACGCUUAAGAGAUACGCAAAUCUUAUAAUAUAGUAUCUACAAUAAAUCAACAAUGCUAUUAUAUACAUUUUGAUUUUUCCGCAAAUAUUACGGAAUAUAUUAUUCGUCUUUCGGAUUUAAGUAUUAAGAUUAUUUGAAUGUAUUACCUGUAGUUCAUACGUUAAUUAUUAAUUAUACAAGUAAGAUCGAUGUUUAGAAUUGGAGAUGUAUAAUCUAUUUUUCUAUCGUUUUAAUUGAGAUUCGUAUAAACCAAAAAAUAUAGUUAUAUAACAAUGUUGAAAAAAAAAUCACGAAAAUAAGUACAAGAGGGAGAUUAACCAAAAGAAUGUGUACGCUCUGAUUUCGCCUAAACAUUUCUCGUUCGGAAUAUGUAUAUUAAUCCCAAUAUUAAUAUAAUUUGAAAUUGUAAGUAUAGUUGAAUAUAUAGCACUUCUCAAUGCAAAAGUAAUUAACGCAAUAAAAGCCUAAAGCAUGUGAAGUAUUUUUUAGUAAAAGUUAGUAUUUUGGUAGUCACAGUGCGAAGAGCAAUGUAGAAUCUGAUCGAAUCUUGUUGCUGUAACUAAAUACGAAAAAUAGUCGAACGAAAGUAAUAUAAAACACCAUUUUUUAUUGUUCUCUAAUAAAAUUUUAUCUAUUUA